AACAGUUGUCGUUAUAGAAAGGCCUCGAAUAUUAACAGUGUACAGAAAGUUCCUUUUGAAAAAGACUUAUAACAAUCAUAUUUUAUUAAAAUGGCUGCGCCUACUCCUGAUGCUCCUGAAAAUUUCGACCAGUUUGAUGAUGAUGAAACCGAGCAGCAACUGGGUUCAACAGGCUCUGGCCGGAAGAGACUCUUCAGCAAAGAGCUCCGUUGCAUGAUGUACGGGUUCGGAGAUGACCAGAAUCCUUACACGGAGAGUGUGGACUUCUUGGAGGAUUUGGUUAUCGAAUUUAUUACGGAAACCACGCACAGAGCAAUGGAAGUAGGAAGAACAGGGAGGGUCCAAGUGGAAGAUAUUAUAUUCUUAGUACGGAAAGAUCAAAGGAAAUAUGCCAGGGUCAAGGACCUCCUUACUAUGAAUGAAGAACUGAAGAAAGCUAGGAAAGCUUUUGAUGAAGUUAAAUAUGUUGAAGACCAACAAUAAUGAUGAUGGCGAACAAGAGACAGCUUCUAAGGCUGAUGCAAAAUGAAGAAUCGAGAUAUGAUUAAUAGUUAUGUAAUAUAAUAUAUCAGCUGUUACGCUAAAAUUGAAGCAAGAGGGUAUAACUAGAUAAGCCAGUUAGCAUAACCAAUAAUACGAGUAAAUAAUAAAGUAUUUUGUACAUUCA